AUGGCACCAGCUAUCACAACUCUAGAGUACUCUUCUAACGCACCUCAGCCUCUCAUCUAUCCGCGCUUAUCUGAACAUCACUUGCUAUCUUCGAAAGAACCUGAUUACCUUCGUCUCAUUCUUACUUCCAAAGUAUAUGAGAUCUUGAAAGAAACACCCCUGGUCUACGCUCCAAACCUUAGUGCAAAGCUAGGCAAUCAAAUAUGGCUGAAACGAGAGGAUCUACAAGAGGUUUUCAGCUUCAAGAUUCGAGGUGCCUAUAACUUCAUGGCAGGACUAUCUGAAGAAGAAAGGUGGAAAGGUGUUGUCACAUGCAGUGCUGGCAAUCAUGCACAAGGAGUAGCUUUCUCUGGCGAACGUCUCGGGAUACCCUGUACCAUCGUGAUGCCAAAGGGUACUCCAUCCAUCAAAGUUCGCAAUGUCGAAAGACUCGGCGCGAAGGUCGUACUCCAUGGUAUUGACUUCGACGAAGCAAAGGCAGAAUGUGCAAGAUUAGCUGCCAACCAUGGACUGGUAUUUGUCCCACCAUACGACGACCCCCUCGUAAUCGCAGGUCAGGGUACGGUCGGCAUGGAAAUAUUAAAACAAAUGCCAGACUCUGACAAUCUCGAUGCCAUCUUCGGUGCAGUUGGCGGCGGCGGUCUUGUCUCUGGAAUUUGCGAGUAUGUUAAACGCAUAGCCAACCCAAACACAAAAGUGCAUGGUGUUGAGACCUUUGAUGGAGAUGCUAUGGCACAGAGUCUGAAGAGAGGGGCGAGAGUGACUUUAGCCGAGGUUGGCCCCUUCGCAGACGGCACAGCAGUAAGAAUGGUUGGCGAGGAGCCAUUCAGGAUAUGUCAGAAACUCUUGGAUGACGUAGUCCUAGUCGACAACGAUGAAAUAUGCGCUGCUAUCAAAGAUAUUUUCGAAGAAACUAGAUCCGUCACAGAGCCUUCCGGAGCCUUAAGUCUGGCAGGCUUAAAGCGACACAUCAUAAGUCAGAAUCUUGUCGGCGCAAACCGAAAAUUCGUUGCAGUUGUCAGUGGAGCCAACGUGAACUUUGAUAGGCUGCGUUUCGUUGCAGAGCGUGCAGAAUUGGGCGAGGGACGCGAAGCACUUCUGAGCGUGGAGAUACCAGAGAGGCCCGGAAGCUUCUUCGCAUUGCACUCCGUCAUCCACCCGCGGGCAACAACAGAAUUCAUAUACCGCUAUAAUGAUCCGAACACCGCACAUCUAUUCCUCUCAUUCAAGCUAGAUACCUCAUUUCGAAAAAAAGAAGUGGAGAAGGUGCUUCAAGAAAUAAAAAAACAAGGGAUGACUGCAUAUGAUGUUAGCGAUGACGAAGUCGCCAAAUCUCACGCACGGUACAUGAUACGUGGAUCCACAGCGAUCCCAAACGAAAGAGUGUUCCGAUUUGAAUUUCCUGAACGACCGGGCGCCCUGCGCAAGUUCCUUCAGGGUAUCUAUCCUGGAUUAGGCUGGAAUAUAUCAAUGUUCCACUACCGCAAUCACGGCGCAGACCUCGGCAGAGUGCUAACGGCCAUCCAAGUUCCGCGAGAAGAUUACGCGGCAUUUGACGAGUUUUUGGGCAAUUUGGGAUAUCACUAUGUAGAAGAGACUGAUAACGAAGUGUACAAGCGGUGUCUUGGAGGGCAGGUUGCUCUAAAUGGGUUACCAUAG